AAAGUCUGACGUCUACCCCUCCACACAUUUAACUUUGACAACACGCGAAGCCUUGUACCUAUGGUGGGCAUCCGACAGGCUCCUUACACGACUUCGCCUUUGCGCAUGAUACUGCGGUUCCAACGCCACUUCACGCUCCAACUCACCUUGAAACUCGGUGCUCUCAGAUUUUACAUGGAGAGCGACGGAGAGGUGACCAAUACCCGCCCCGACGCCUCCCCCACUGGCCAAUGAAAUUCGAGCGGGGGCGGAGCUAACAGCUAAAUUGUCAUGCUUGGUUUCACGCUGGCAUUACCAUCAAGCCGCGUCUGGCUGCCGUGCGCUGGUGCAGGUGCUCUAUUUCAUCGAGAGAGGAUGCGAAAGGAAAGAAGGGGAGGGAAAGAAUGAAGGGAACCGUCGGAGAAAAGUAUGCAGGGCAUGAAUAAAAGGGUAUCAGCUGCUGACAGUGUGUCUAACAUCCAGGGGCUCGGCUAAGAAUGAUUUAUUGAAAGGGGCACUUUGAGAUAUGAUGAGGUUUCUUUCUGGUUGGCAAUAGUACUAUGAUUUGGUAUGUGGCCACUUUGAUAGCAAGUGUAUUCAGCACCAGAGGAACAGCUGCUCAAGGUGCCCACGGAGUCAGAGAGGAGCCCCAGUUUGUGACGGCCCGCGCUGGGGAGACCGUGAUUCUGGGAUGUGACGUGACCCACCCACUCAACGGCCAGCCCUACGUGGUGGAGUGGUUCAAGUUUGGAGUUCCCAUCCCCUUCUUCAUCAACUUCCGCUUCUACCCUCCCCAUGUGGACCCCGAGUACGCCGGUCGAGCCAGCCUGCAUGGCAAGUCAUCUCUACGUAUUGAGAGGGUUCGUUCGGAAGACCAGGGCUGGUACGAGUGCAAGGUCCUGAUGCUGGAGCAACAGUAUCACACCUUUCACAACGGCAGCUGGGUGCACCUCACAGUCAAUGCUCCCCCAACAUUCACGGACACGCCACCGCAGUAUGUGGAGGCCAAAGAGGGGGGCAGCAUCACUCUGAGCUGCACGGCCUUCGGGAAUCCCAAACCUUCAGUCAGCUGGCUCAGGGAGGGAAACCCCGUACAGGACAGCAGCAAGUACAAGGUGAGUGAUGGCAGCUUGACACUUGUUUCCAUCAGCCGUGAGGACAGGGGAGCGUACACAUGCCGAGCGUACAGCGAGCAGGGAGAGGCCAUCCAUACCACACGCUUACUCGUCCAAGGACCCCCAUUUAUUGUCUCACCACCAGAGAACAUAACCGUAAACAUAUCCCAGGAUGCAUUCUUCACUUGUCAGGCUGAGGCAUAUCCUGGCAACCUAACGUACACCUGGUUCUGGGAGGAAGAUAACGUCUUCUUCAAGAAUGAUCUAAAGCGCAGAGUGAGUAUUCUGAUCGACGGUUCGCUCAUCAUCUCCCAGGUGAAACCUGAGGAUGCUGGUAGAUACACCUGCAGCCCGAGUAACAGCCUUGGCCGCCCACCUUCUGCAUCAGCAUACCUGACAGUGCAUUACCCUGCCCGUGUGAUAAACAUGCCGCCCGUUAUUUACGUGGCCAUCGGACUGCCGGGGUACAUCCGCUGCCCGGUGGAUGCCAACCCGCCUGUCACUUCAGUGAAGUGGAAAAAAGAUGGCCUGCCUCUGCGGAUAGAGAAGUACCCUGGCUGGAGCCAAAUGGAAGAUGGGAGCAUUCGAGUGUCUGAGGUGACAGAGGACUCUCUCGGCACCUACACCUGCGUGCCUUACAAUAGCCUCGGUACAAUGGGACAGUCCCCUCCCGCCCCCCUGGUGCUAAAGGACCCACCCAAAUUUCUGGUGGUUCCUGGAGGGGAGUACAGGCAGGAGGCUGGUCGAGAGCUGGUCAUCCCCUGUGAGGCAGAAGGAGACCCAUACCCCAACAUUACAUGGAGAAAGGUAGGGAAGCCCAGCAGAAGCAAGCACAACGUCCUACCAAGAGGCAGCUUACAGUUCAAAUCUCUCAGCAAGGAGGACCACGGGGAGUGGGAGUGUGUCGCCUCCAAUGUCGCCACGAGCAUCACUGCCAGCACGCACCUCCUAGUAAUCGGCACAAGCCCACACGCCCCCGCCAAAGUCCACGUUUCGGUCUCGACGACCUCGGCCAACGUCUCGUGGGAAUCUGGUUACGAUGGCGGCUUUGAGCAGACAUUCUCAGUCUGGUACGGCCAUGUGGUAAAGAGGGAGCAGUUAGGACCGCAUGACUGGCUGUCCAUGCCUGUGCCCAGCGGGCAGCACUGGCUCCUGGUGCAAGGCCUGGAGCCCGAGACGGCCUACCAAUUCAGCGUCCUGGCCCAGAACAAGCUGGGGACGGGCCCGUUCAGCGAGGUCGUCACUGUGAACACUCUAGUAUUUCCUAUAAGUACCCCAGAACCACUGGUGCUGCUUACCCCACCACGGUGCCUCACAGCCAACCGGACACAGCAGGGAGUCCUACUCACAUGGAUCCCUCCAGCCAAUCACACGUCGCCAAUUGAUCACUACAUCAUGGAGUUCCGCCUCGGGGAGAGGUGGGAUGUUCUUGAUGAUGCAAUCCCUGCUGGAGAGACAGAGCUCCUGGCUAGAGACCUGGUUCAGGAGGCCUGGUAUGAGUUCAGAGUGAUAGCAGUUAUGGAGGACCUUGUCAGUGAGCCUAGUAAUGUAGUGGGAGUCUCUAGCACAGACUACUUCCCGCCGCCUGAGGUGCCAGACGAGGGACUGGCACGGCCGGUGGUGGCAGGCAUUGUGGCCACCAUCUGUUUCCUGGCAGCAGCCAUCCUCUUCAGCACGCUAGCAGCCUGCUUCGUCAACAAACAGAGACGGCGUAAGCUCAAGAGGAGACGAGAUCCCCCUCUGUCUAUAACACACUGCAGAAAGAGCGUGGAGACGCCUGCUAAUAACAGUGGACAUCGCAUCGCUGAUGGCGAACAUGACCCCUCCCCUCCCCGUCCCUCCCGUCUCUAUUGUGUUUCCUGCCACAGGAGUCCUCUUACCUCUCUACCUGGCAUAGAACCCUACUGGGAAGGCCAGGAAAGGAGCAGCUACAGGCCUCCGCCCUCCAGUCCUCUGUCAUCUUCUGGAAAGAUAAGUCCAGAAAGCGUCCGCUCCAUAGGACCUCCUUCAGAGUCCUCAGAGGAUGGUUUACGAGCUAAGAAGUUUCCUCAAAGUCCUGCCAAGGAGAAGGAGCUGUCCUUAUACAAGAAGACCAAGAGAGCAAUAAUUAGCAAGAAAUACAGUGUCUCUAAGCAUGAGGCGGAGGCUACCACUCCAAUUGAAUUGAUCAGUCGUGGCCCGGAUGGGCGCUUUGUCAUGGAUCCUACAGAUAUGGAAACUCCAGUUAAGGCACGGCGCAUUGAGGGCUUUCCCUUUGUGGAGGAGUCUGACCUGUACCCUGAAUUUCGACAGUCAGAUGAGGAGAAUGACGAUCCGGGGCCCAUGCCACCUGUGAUGGCUACCCUCAGACCCCAUCAGAUCUCUCCCAUUUCUUCUAGCCAGGAGUCUUACUUGCAGCCCCCAGCCUACAGUCCCCGCUUCCAGAGGCCCAUGGAAGGCAUGACUAUCAUGGAAACCAGUCGACUCCAGGCUACAGGGCAGAUCCGCGGUGCUCCUCACUUCCGAGCCUUUUCCCAUGGCCAGUUCUACAGCUAUUUGGGAAGUCCAGGGGAACCUGAGCCUCCUCCCCCCUUUUACAUGCCGGACACCAGCCCUCUCAGCUCAGUAAUGUCUUCUCCUCCUUACCACCUGGAGGGACCUUUUGGCCAUCCCACCAUCCCGGAGGAAAUCGGUGAGGGAGAGAUUCAGCAUUAUGCAGUCUCUGGCUACACCCUUCCCUUGGCGCAUCCCUCCACCUCGCGCUCUCCAGACAUCUGGCAACGACCCGAUUUCACCUUUGCCACAAUUGAGGGUCCUCACUUUAUUUUUCCACCCCCACACCCUUUGCAUCUUCAUCCGGAACCUCCCCUUCCUCCCCCUCUUGUUCUUCCACCUAGUGCCCUCCAGCCCUCCACCCUUCAAGUAUCUCCUUAUCCUGGUAUCCUGCAGCUGGAGGCUCCAAAGAGCCGCCCCGGCAAGUCUCCCAGCAAGGUCAAGCCUCAGGGCCUUCCAGCCAAGCGUUUACCUAUGCAAGAGGCACAGAGUCUAGGGCAGCUAAGACACACAAGCCACGGUAUGGGUGUACCGGUAUUGCCUUACCCUGACCCAGUGUCUCACAUGGUUGGCCCAAGCUCAUUCGGAAGCCUGGACACCCGAUGGUAUGAGCUCACACCCAGGCUUAGCCCCAGGCAGCCCCGUAGGAUGGAACCCAGCAUGGUUGUUCUCCAACCAUCCCGCCUCUCACCUCUAACUCAGAGCCCUAUUAGCUCUCACGAAGGCUCACCGGAGAUUGUAGUACGCCCCAGGCCCCGUCCCAGUGUCAUCCAACCCCCAAUCCCUCCUGAGAUGUCUGAGAUCACCCUUCAACCUCCUUCUUCAGUUAGCUUCUCUAGGAGGUCCUCCCCCUCCUCCUCACCUGCUCAAGGCCAAGGUAGUCGAAGGGCAAGUCCCAGCUACCGAUCCCACAUGGCAUUUGCCACCUCAGCGGCAAGCUAUCCGUCACAGUCCCCUUCACCUCCUGUAGAAAGCAGCAACAUUUUUGGGCAGAUGCCAACCCAGAGGAGGACUGAGGAGGAGAUCCUUCCAUCAGAACCCUCUCCACCCCAGUUAUCAGCUUCAGGAUACAUACAUUAUGUUGCCAUAUUGAGAAAACGUCGAGGUGCACCAAGUGGCUCUGCAGGGUCUGAGAGGAUAGAAGCACUGAGAUAUCAACGAGUGAAAAAAGCCAAGAAAGCCGGAAUCAACAAUAACAACUCCAAGACCAGACGAAAGACAGGUGUGCCCCCCUCUCAGACCCAGCAGCCCCACACCUCUCAGGUCCUCCAGCCAGAAGAAGCUCUCUACCUCCGCAAGAAGAAGAAAAAGUUGACUCGCCAGGACCCGUACACCCGCUUCUCCGCUCUGCUGUACCGUCGCCCACCCCGAGAAGAUCAGAAAGCCAUUUUGGCUAGUAUGGACACAGCAGACCCAGACCACGCCACUCUCCUCUGAAGUCCCAGAGAUUACAGGCCACACUCUCCUCAAACUCUGAGCUCCUUCCAUCUUCGCUCAGCCAGCCAACAUCUUCACGUCCACACCGACGCCAAUGGUUUACUCCUCUUCUCUGUUCCGUCACACUUAAUGUAUCACAAGAGAAUGCUUGUGUUCCAAGGUUUUGCUCCAGUUCAUUUACCUCGAAUUCAGAAAGAUCAGUCAAAAAGUUUUAUAUGCUUCAUCUUAUCUUUGGGAUUAAGUGACUCUUAUCAGAUGGCGAGUCAGAUAAGAGAACAGCUGUCAAGCUUCUAUUUUAUUUUGCCAGUAGUCUCAAUCAUAUCUUGCAGUAGGCCGCAGGAUUCUCACAGGUAUAGCUCAAAAUCAUCACAAGCUCAGUGCUGCUAUACUGACAAACACAGUAGUAGUUAGUAAUCAGAAUAUUCUUGUAUUUUCAAAUAUGUAAUUUCACAGUGCAAAUUUAGAACAUAUUAGCAAACCAUUCAUGAAAUGUACACUAUACUGUUCAAAAGUUUGGGGUUUUGGGAAAAUGUCUCUUAUGCUCACCAAGGCUGCAUUUAUUUGAUCACAAGUUAAGUGCAAACAACAGCACUAUUGAGAAAUAUUAUUACAUUUUAAAAUGAAUGUUUUUUAUUUUAGUAUUUUAUAUGUAAUUUAUUCCGGUAAAGCUAAAUUUUCAGCAUCAUUACUACAGUCUUCAGUGUCACAUGAUCCUUCAGAAAUCAUUCUAAUAUGCUGAUUUGGUGCUCAAGAAACAUUUCUUAAUAUUAUCAAUGUUAAAAACGGUUGUGCUGUUUAAUAUCUUUGUGGAAACCGUGAUACAUUUUUUUUUUUCAGGAUUCUUUGAUCAAUAGAAAGUUCAUAAGAACAGCAUUAGAAUUUUUGUAACAUUAUAAAUGUCUUUACUGUCACUUUUGAUCAAUGUAAUGCAUCCUUAAUAAAAGCAUUAAAUUCUUUAAAAAAUAAAAAAAAAGUUUUACUGACCCUAAACUUUUGAACUGUAGCAUAUGAAUUGUAAUGUAUAUUAGUUUUAAAGGCACCAUAGCGAUGGUAUUAGACAUAUACAGGAGUAUGUGUGCAUUUAGGAUGUUGUUAGUGUCUUUCCUCACUUACCAAUACUCCAUAUUUGAGGAGAAAAUAGAAAACACAAAGCACAACAUCUGUUAAAGCGACAGUACAGGCAGAGACACAGGCUUGGAUUGCAACGGCAACCACUUGAAUAAGGGAACAUUUUAUUCCGAUGCAAUUUUUGAUAAACAUGUACUUACAGAAGCUGCUACAUACUUCUACAUUUUUGAACGCAAACUUGAAGCACUGAAGCAAAACCUUGGUGACUACUGUGAGUGACAUUUUUAGUUUAUGCCAACCUCACUUCUCUUGGCUAUCAAGCUAUAUUUGGAAAGUACUAUAGUAAUGCCAAAAAUACUACAGCUUCCUUAAUCAAUAAGACAAUAAAGUGUACUGUACUGUGAGGAGGAUAGGAUUUUGUGCCAUAAUAUACUAUAGUAUUUUUGUCAUCAACAUGCGAUGCCCCCUUACAUUAAAAAAAGGCAUACGUCAGCCUUAAUAGGGCUCCUAAAUGCUUGUUCCUAUUGUGUUCGUUAAGUUUUUUUUUCUUUUCUGUUUAAAUGACAAAAAAAAGAAAUCUACUGCCUUUGUAGGCCAUUUUCGAGCCUUUUUUUAUUUUUAUUUUUGGUUAAACCAGUAAUGGCAACCCAGCGCCUAUCUCUCUCCUCUGUGAAGACCCUUGGGGGGAAAUCUCUUUGGGAUGAGAGGGCUAUUCCCAGCGGCCAAAGGUUAUUAUUGUGUUUCUAUCAUCCAACGGUGCUUCUUUUCUACAGAAAGACAUGUAUUUUCACUGUCUGAACAGAGAUACCUGGGCAAAUGUACAUUUUAGCUUGCUAGCCAUUGUCAAAGGGGGAUGUAAUGGCAAUUAGACGAGAGGUGGCAUGUCCUGUGUCUUAUUACUUGUACAGAUCAGCUUGUACAUUUGAAAAAUGUCUAAAAAUGCAUCAAAUGGCUGAACAUUGUACUGUUUCUUCAGCCUGGGUAAAGAAUUCAAAUCGAAAAGCAAGUGAAGGCUAACCUUUGACCUCCAAAUCGCAGGUUAAAGGGGUUAUGGGGGCGUGGUUCAUAGCUAAGCCCCUCCCAAUGGCCAAUCAACUUUUAGGCAUUUUAACGGCCUACAGAAGGUGCUAUCAAAAGUCUUCAGACUGAACUCUGUUAAUAUUAUAUCAUUAAUGUGAUCUUCCAACGGACAAUGGCUGCUGCUUUUAAGUGUGGUCACAUUGACGAAGUUUCAGCACAAUUACAUGAGCAUAAAUAGGUCUGUUAUCAACAGUGUAGCGAUGCAUGAUGCACCGUUCGCACAUCACUUUUAAACCAAGCAGCUUUCUGUUGAGGUGCACUCACAUUUAAUGUAAUUUGCGCAGGGAAAAAUGCAGUCAUUUCAAUGAGAAUCCGCAUGAUUGGGAAUUUUGCUUAAAGGGAUAGUUCACCCAAAAAUGAAAAUUUUGUCAUAAUUUACUCGCCCUCAAGUUGUUCCAAACCUGUAUAAAUUUCUUUGUUCUGCUGAACACAAAGGAAUAUAUUUGGAAGAAUGUUAGUAACCAAGCAGAUCUCGCCCCCCAUUGACUAACAUAGUAGGAAAAAUCAUACUGAAAGUAAAUGGGGGGCGAGAUCUGCUUGGUUGUGAUUGUGAUGAUUGUAUGAUUGUAACCAAGCAGAUCUCGCCCCCCAUUUACUUUCAUAGUACUACUAUGGUAGUAAAAAAACAUACAAAAAAAACCCAAAAGAUUUCCCAACAACAGAUUCCACAACAGGGUCACACGGAAAAGAAAGCUGCUGGGUUUGAAAGUUACUUCUGUGUGAGAUGUUCAUCACUACACUAAAGAUAAUGAAACUUUUUUUGUGUGUGAAAUUUCGCUAAUGUCACCGCACUUUAUCUCCUGAACACCUCAGUAUUUGAUGUUUUAGGAUUUUAACACCAUCCUGCAUCUGUCUGAUAAGCCUUCUAGCGCGGUCACAUACUGUUGUUUGUAGAAUUUUCGCAUUUAUUAUAGGAGUCCAUGUGAUCUAGAAUUUCGGCGUAAUGGCGAAUGAUUUCCCCAUGCAAAUUUCUCAACGGGUUCAAGCUGGUUUCCGGACAAUGGCCCUUUUUCCUUGUGAAAUUUCGCCCAAAUUUUUCUAAUGUGACCGCACCUUUCUCCUGUCUGCUGUGGCGUUUUGAGGGUCAUCAAUGAUAUCGACAUCCAUACUUGACUACCAUCGAAGCGUUAAACUACAGCGAGCGUCAGUCUGUUUUGAGCUGUGGAGCGUACAUUGUUGGUUGGUAAAGGGAAGGUAUGUUGUAGCCGCAGCUGCUGUGUGGUGAAGAUUUUAUUUUAUUUGUCGGGAUGUAACAUUAGCUUACACAUCACAGACCAGCGCAUCAAGUGCUCCUUUGCACCUGUUAGCUGUGAAAAAUUUCAACAUUUGUGGAAGUUGUAGAUUUAGAUCAGAUUGAUUGUCAAAGAGUCACCAUUUUAAGCUUUUAGCGAUUCAGAGCUCGACACGUUUUACUUAACGUCGUGCCGUGAGACCUGCUCAGAUUGCCGAACCGUGAUUGAGCCGUCUCAUUUGUGCGUUGUGUGAAUGGCUUUACAUUUUGAGCAAAGACUUGAUUGUUCAUACUUAUAAUUGUUGUUUUAUUUGUAAAUCAAGUAACCAUAUUAGAUGAGACCUACUUGCGAAAGUUAGGUAUUAUAUUCUAAAGUUAGAUGUGUGUCACAAGAUACUGUUAUAGAGGCGAAUGAUCAUCUCGUUCAGUUGGGAGAUGUGCUUAUCUAAGUAUUUUUGAUCCAUUUCACUGGGCAAUUGUCAAAUAUGGUGCUUUCUAAAAGAUAUACAACUAUUUAAUUAACUAAAUAUUGUGUUCCUUUUUUAUUUAAAGCCUUCAUACAAGAGAAUAAUAUUGAAAUGAAUAUCCAAAAUGCUAGGAAUGUACUGUAAUAUGUCAAAAAAACAAAAAAAAAAAAAAAACCUGUAUAUAAAAUAAUAGCAUAUAUUGCACAAUGUAUUAUAAAAUUUUAGUAAUUUUGAAUAAAUUGGCCAAUAUAUGCACGCAACAGAAUAUAUUGAUAUAAAACAUAUUGUCAUAUUUUGAAUUCAGUUUCUAAUGUUACUUUUUCAUGAGGGUUGGAAUGCAUGAGAGCAUAUUUGAGCCAAAAUAGCUAUUUACGUGGUGUAAAUGUUUCGGUCCACUCGCAUUCACUCUCACAUUGGAUUUGCGACUUAUUUUGUCAGUUUCUAAUUAUGAAAGUUUUCUAUGUGUAAACCCGAAAGGAUACCGGUCUAGCUCAAAUUCUGCUUUGCAGGAGACUUCUGCUACUGUAGCAUCAAUCGUUGAACAGAUUGGCUAACUCUAGUGUGGCCAGAUAAAUUAGCUGUUUAGGGAUUUUGAGAGGUAAUUAAUGCUAACUUGAUUGUACUCAUGGGCGGUCUAAGAUGAGAUUCAUUCUAACAGACUCUUGAGCUUGAUGAAAUGAACCUUUAUCUUUUUAGUAGCAUUAUAGCCAUGGUAGAGAUUCAUUCAAGCAUUAGUUGAAUUAUUUAUUAUACUGUACUGACUUUAUAUGCCAUUUAUAUCUACACAAAGAUGAACACAUUCUAUUACUUUUGACAAAACAUCUCAAGCUUAGCAUUUUUCCAUUCCAGAUCAUUUUCUGAGGUGCAUAAUUUUUAAUAAAAACAUCUUAGUAAAUCUCUGUUCCUUUGUUUUGAUUGCGAAUAAAUCAUCUCAUGUUCUAGCAGCAUUUUCACUUUGCAUUUUUUUAUUUAUUUAUUUUUUUUUUAUGACAUGUUCUUUUUAAUGUUUACAUCAUAUACACAUUUAUAUUCUGAGCAGAUACUUGCUUACCAAAGCAACUUACAAGAAAGUGCACAUUUUGCAGAACUGGCAUGUACCCAAAUAUUAUUUCAUCUUGAAUGAUGCUUUACUCAUAGGCAAGCCGGUUUUAGCUGGUCUGUUGAUUGUUUGGUUGCAGAAGAUGUUUGGAUGCUGAUUUAUGCCACUGUAUGAACUUUAGCUGUUUGUUUCCAGUUGGAGUAAAACAGCUAAAAUGUUUGAAAUGGAAAUUAUGUGUAGAGAAGUUUUUGAGUCUAACCCUGUUUUAUUAGGUACGUUUAUAUAAUAAGUAAAGAAUAGAUUUGUAUUUCUUACAUUUUUAGCAUGAUUUUGGGAUUUUGCUGAAUGUUACUAAACCAAUGAUUUAUAAUAUGAGUGCAACAAGAUAUUAUUUAUUUACUUAUUAUACAAUGAAAUAUUAUUAUUUGAUUAUUUAUAUAAUUAUUGUAUUUAUUAUUUCAGUUAUUUGAUAGCUCACUAGAAAGGGAGAUUGCAGAAAAAAACAACUUAAAGAUAAAUAAUUCUCUCAUCAUUCACUCACCUUCAUGUCAUUCCAAACCAUAGACUGUUAAAAAAAAAAAAAAAAAAUGGACGGUGCACCUUCAUUCUCUUCUAUUGUAGAAAGUGAAGCCGCCAAUAUGGCGCUGACAUCUUUAGUCUCGAGUCUGCGCAGUAGUGAGCGUGAAGUAAGUGGAGCCGAGAUAUCAAGGUCCCGCCCACACUCCCGCAAAAUCGGUUAAAUACAGUUCACUGCAGAACAACACAUUAUGUCGGUGUGAAAUAAACAGUUCUGGAAAUGUAGGAAUUAAAGUUAAAAGCUCCAAUCUCCUCCCAAAGUUCCAGAAAAAAUCUGUUGGUGCUUUAGUGAUUAGUUACCUCAGAGAAGCUGUCAAUCAUGACGUCAAAACCCGCGUUUUUAUAGCAUCAAAUAACUAACUAAAAACAAACUUAUUUAAAGAACGAACACUUGAACUAACAUCAGCGUGAUAAAAAUCGCUUACAAGGACAGAAACCAUCUUUGAAAAAAAAAAAAAAAAUUGACGUGUAAUUUGAUUGUUUAGUUUGUCUCACGUCCCAAGAUGGAGAGGGCGGGGUUUAUGCCCUAUACUGCAUCCAGCCACCUGGGGGCGAUCGAGACGCUUUGACUUCACUGUUCAGGACUCGUGUGGCACGCUUGUUCCAAACUAGUAUACUACACAAUGAAAGUCAAAACAACAUUGGACAACAUCGACUGUCAUUGUAAAAGCACGGAGACAUUUUUAAAAAAUAUUUUUGUGUUCCACAGAUCAAAGAAAAUCAGUGGUUUGGAACAACAUAAGGCUCUGCAAAUGAUGACGGAAUUUUCGUAUUUUGGGUAAACUGUCCCUGUAACCUCACCACUUAACAGAGGUUAUGACAUUAAGUCCCCCCCACCCCCAUACAAAAAAGGUUUUUCUUCAUCGGCCUAAAAGAAAUAGUAACAUAUAUUUGAUAGUUUGAUGAAUAUAGCAAUGACAUUAAUUAACAUGCACUUUCAAAAAUAUUGUAUGUGACACAAACACAGUGCAUUGCACACCCAGCACAGCCUUUAACAACAUUUAAAAUGAAAUUUAGAAUGCUUUAACCCUUAAAAAGACCCUUACUGUGUGUUCAUUCAUUUCCUUUUGUUUUUAUUCAUGACGGUUGUAGACAUUAUGUAUCCAUGUACAAAUGUAGAACACUUUUCCUAUUGUUGAUGCCACUAAUGAGUUAACAGACUAACCUAUAAGUUAACCUCUCAAAAGAUGACCUCUUAUAGUAUAUCAGGGAUACAAAAAGCAUAUGAAUUACCAUGCUGCUCAUCGUUUUGGUACACAGUCUCAGAUUAAGAGGGAGAAAGCAUGGAAUCAGCACAAUGUAGAGGAUGAGAGAGUGUGGCGGUCAUGUCCUCACAUGGCACUUAGUGCACCCUGAGCCUGCAGGAAAACACAUAGGGUUUAUCAGGACACCAGCUCCACAGCUGAUACACACACAUACCAGAACUACCACAAGGUGUAAAUAAAAAAUGCAAAUCAUGCAAUAUAUAUUUUUUUGUAAAUGAGAAUAUGUGGUACACUGUGGCCGUUGAUGGAUGAGUGGUCAUUUUUUGGUCUGUCUGGAAACAUGUAGCAGGCCUUCACUUUCAGAUAUCUAUAAAACUAUUACAGAUGGAAUAUAUUAUAAAACACAAUGAUUAAAAGUCACACAUGCUAUUAGAAUCGUAAACCAAAGUGGAUGGUGUUAUCUACUGUUUUGCCAUUUUUUUUUUCUGUUUCAUUGUCAUCUAAAGCUCUGGUUCAAGCAAUACAAAAUCAAAUAUAAAAAAAAAAAGUGACAAAACAAUGUACAGUGACAGAUAAAACCUAUAUUAAAGUGACAUUUCUGCUCAUAUUUUUAGCGUCAAACAUCUUUAUCUUAUUUUCAGGGGAGGCACGUGCUGAAUAUUAUUGAUUCAUGCUCAUUUUCAGAAAACCUCAUUAAUGUAAAAUUAACUACGUGGAAUAUAUUCUCAUGAUCGUUUGCCGCAUAAAGAAAUCUUGCACACAUUUCGCAUAGCAAAAUGGUUCAUAAUGAAUUCAGUGUGAAGUCUGUCUGAUAAGUCUAAUCGUGCAGUUCAAUAUACCUGCAGAGAUGGAUUUUUGUUGCGUAGUCACUGCUGUUUGACCAGUCGGCACAAGAUCUCGUGUCACGCUGACUAAAAUGGCGUUUGAUGGUAUGUUGUUGGGGGGUAGGGUGUGUGGCACCUGCAAUAUGUAUAGCAGCACAGUCCAAGAUAUAUGUAUUCUGUAUUCUUAUAGUCAACAGACUGUACCAGUAGAACUAUUUUGACAGUGUAUUGUAUGUAUAAAUAACAGAUAUUUAUAGUUACGUAAUAAAGGCGAAUUGGGGAAACUUUAAUUUUUUACUGCGAGAAAAAUCGAGAAGAUUUGUUCCAAUUUAGCUGUCUUGUUUAUGGAGAAACACAGUAUAUGUUCUUUCUGCUGUUAGAUGCUCCUGGUAGCAAGGUGUGGUCAUUAGCGAAAUAGCAGAUGAUGCAAACUGCUUUUGUAGUAGGUAUGUAUUCUAACAAUCACCGUAACCUUUUCUAGAGACCUCAGUGUGGUGUGUAAGCAGCCAUACCAUUGAACAUAUCAUGACUUGGUGCUAUUGCUGAUCUAUUUUGUGGUCCAGACAAGAGAUAACUCUGCGCCUCACAUUUAUCAUCACUGAAUGAUCUUUCCUGUAGAUUUACAAAGAAAAUGAGAGAAAACCACACAUUAAUACCUGAAGCGUGUACUUUGUUACAUGAAUGUGCUACCAAAAACUAGAGAUGAGCUUUGACACUUAGAAAAUGUACCGUAAACACACUCUUGGCAGUCGGGAAAACACGUUUAAAAUAUAAGAGGUUAGCUACAGUGCAAAAUAGUUUUGGUGGUUUCCAUUUGGCCAGUUUUUUAUCUCUUAAAAUAAAAUAAAAUAAAAUAUUCUAGUGCUACAAUUCUAUUUUGUUUUUAUUCGUCAACCAGCGUUUUUGUUGUUGGCCUACAUUUGUUAUUUUUUAGAACAACAAUGUUAACUCUUUUGGUAGCCUAAACAUGUAUGUAAUAUGUUUGCACCAUAACUGUCUCUUUUAAUUUCAUUUGUAGAAUCAUUUGCAGAUUUGCACAUCAAAAUAUGACCUCAUUCAGAGUCAAUCAAGUGGCAUUAAUGUGCCAUUAUUUUCCGUUGAUGUAGGUUUCUAUCCAUAUGCUGUACACUGUCAACUUUUGCCUGCACAGAAACUAAAGGAAUUAAACGUGACAUUGUAAUCUGAGAGCAUAUAUGUGAUAUAUGAUAUAUGUCAUUAAAGGAACAGCUGACUCCAAAAAAUACAAUUCUGAGAUAAUUUACUCGCCUUCAUGUUGUUUUACAUAAUAUUUGAGCAUUGACAAUUGAGGGUGAGUAAAGGAUACAAUCUUCAUUUUUGGCUGAACUACAUUUUCAAGUGUCAUUUUUUUUAUUCUGUAUUACAGGAUGAAUGUUAUUAUCUAAAAUGUUGAAAAACACAUUAAGGAAUGUGGGAAUCUGCUUUGUUGUAUCAUUUAUUCCCAUUUGUAUUGUUGUCACUGCUGUUCAAUAGCUUUGCUGUAUUGUUUUGAUGUGCUUUCAUAUGUUUCAGAUAAAUGAAAUUUCAAGCGGCACCCAUAGGGUUAACUCUGCUUACCUCUCUUGUAUCUUGUGCAGUGCUCUUAUUAAUUGCACUGUUCUUUAAUGGUUGCCCUUAUGUUAUGAGUUUCAAAUUCCAAUCAAUAUUUUGACUGCAACUUUUUUUUUCAUUCACCAGUAGCUCUAAUUUGACUAUCAGCUACACGACCUCAGACACAAAGAAGCAAGAAAAUGAUCCUAGGAUGUUGUUUGCUUUACUCAUCAAGACUAUGGUUAUAGAUUUUACAUGUAUAGUUCAGAUAGAAUAGAUACAAGUGGAGCUGCCAAGUAUAUAUAUAAAUAAAACAAUUACAAUAAUAACUAUUUAAAAAAAGACUAACAGUAGUAGAUACUGACCUCACCAUCAUCACUUCGGUUCACAUUGACAUUUUCAGAUGCUAGACCCAUGUAUUUUUUCCCUGCUUCAAAAAUGUUUUGUAUUUUGAGAUAAUAAAAGAGACAAGAAAAUGA